AUGUUCCGAAAAGCUCUUGGGGUGCUAGUCUUGGUACUCGUUGCUCAUGCCGUGGAUCCAUCGGAUCUUCCGGAUCCUUCAUCCCCUCCGCCUGCUCCGAGACCAUCUGGGCAGCCACCAGGACCGCAAGGACCAUCCGAUCUUCCAGGCCCUUCUGGAGCUCCACCUGGCCCUCCACAUCCUUCGGGACCACCACAUCGUCCACAUCCACAUCCGUCGAGAAGACCACGUCCGACUAGACUUCCCCGCCCAUCAAGAUCACCACAUUCUGAUGCUCCAGAACCAUCCGCUGCAACAGAUGGGUUUGAGUUAGUGUUUGGCAAGCACCAUUCCACAGGAGCACCACCAUCAGGCGGACCACCAGGACCAUUUGAUCCAUCAGGAGCACCACCAUCAGGCGGACCACCAGGACUAUUUGAUCCAUCAGGAGCACCACCAUCAGGCGGACCACCAGGACCAUUUGGUCCUUCAGGAGCACCACCAUCAGGCGGACCACCAGGACCAUUUAAUCCAUCAGAAGCACCACCAUCAGGCGGACCAACAGGACCAUUUGAUCCUUCAGGAGCACCACCAUCAGGCGGACCACCAGGACCAUUUAAUCCAUCAGGAGCACCACCAUCAGGCGGACCACCAGGACCAUUUGAUCCAUCAGGAGCACCACCAUCAGGCGGACCACCAGGACCAUUUAAUCCAUCAGGAGCACCACCAUCAGGCGGACCACCAGGACCAUUUGAUCCUUCAGGAGCACCACCAUCAGGCGGACCACCAGGACCAUUUGAUCCAUCAGGAGCACCACCAUCAGGCGGACCACCAGGACCAUUUGAUCCAUCAGGAGCACAACCAUCAGGCGGACCACCAGGACCAUUUAAUCCAUCAGGAGCACCACCAUCAGGCGGACCACCAGGACCAUUUGAUCCUUCAGGAGCACCACCAUCAGGCGGACCACCAGGACCAUUUAAUCCAUCAGGAGCACCACCAUCAGGCGGACCACCAGGACCAUUUGAUCCAUCAGGAGCACCACCAUCAGGCGGACCACCAGGACCAUUUGAUCCAUCAGGAGCACCACCAUCAGGCGGACCACCAGGACCAUUUGAUCCAUCAGGAGCACCACCAUCAGGCGGACCACCAGGACCAUUUAAUCCAUCAGGAGCACCACCAUCAGGCGGACCACCAGGACCAUUUAAUCCAUCAGGAGCACCACCAUCAGGCGGACCACCAGGACCAUUUAAUCCAUCAGGAGCACCACCAUCAGGCGGACCACCAGGACCAUUUAAUCCAUCAGGAGCACCACCAUCAGGCGGACCACCAGGACCAUUUAAUCCAUCAGGAGCACCACCAUCAGGCGGACCACCAGGACCAUUUGAUCCAUCAGGAGCACCACCAUCAGGCGGACCACCAGGACCAUUUAAUCCAUCAGGAGCACCACCAUCAGGCGGACCACCAGGACCAUUUGAUCCUUCAGGAGCACCACCAUCAGGAAUGCCGCCUGUUCCACUUCCCACAGAUCUUCCAAUUCCUUCCGAGUCUCCUUCCUUCUUCCAAUGGAUCUUCGGACGACCGAAACCGUCUGGACCAGCAGGACCAGCUCCAUCUGGAGAGCCACCUGGGCCAUUUGAUCCAUCUGGACCACCACCGUCCGAAUCCUCAGAAGGAUCUGGAAUUCCUCCGUCAUUUUAA